CUUGAUUUUCUCUCUGGUCACGACCUGCAAAAGCUCUUUUUGCGAUGUUCAGUUGUGAAAUUGUUGUUUGACAUUGAGUGUGUAGGUUGGAAAAAUGUUCCGGACGCCGUUAAAAAACAGUAAAAAUGUAAAUAAACCGUUCAAGUCACCGUUCGAUACUUCUACCACUCCCAACAAGGAGUUAACGAAAAGUGGCCAAAAACCAGGAAGGCUGAGUUUCGUGUCAGAGUCUCCUGUGUCUUUAAGAGCUCAUGAAGCCAAAAGAGUAUUACAACUAGACGACAGUGAGCUGGAUAAUAAAAGAUCAAAGUUAACGCGAUAUGACAGUGAUGGAAUUGAAAAAAUCGUUCCGGAGAAUGCGACAAAAAGCGAUUUAUUGUUGUUAAAGAGAAAAAUCUUUGAGAUACGUCAAGAGCUGGAUUGUUUGAAAUCCAGAGAAAGAUGUUCAAAGAAACAUGACCCCAAAGUCUUACGAGCUUCCAUAGACAGGUGGCAAUCAGCCUGCCAAAGUGCCCUUGAAAUCGUUUGUUCCGAAUUGACGGAAAGAAAUGGCCAGAGCUCAAAUAUUUCAGAUGUCCUAAGUAUGCUAGGCAUACCAGAGGAAUUAGUUCAUUACUCAAAGAAAGAUGAUGCGUUCAUCUAGAUUUUAAGUAAGUUACUUUGAUAAUUAAGUUGUGAUUAU